AUGCGUGUGCGGCGAUCGCGUGCGCCACCCUCGGAGUUUUCUAUUGCUCUUCCCCCGCCGGAUAUUGCAGAUGAGCUACAACUGCAAGUUCAGCAGAAGAAUGAGCUCCUCAUUAAUGUAGAUGAUACGAGUAUAUCGCCAAUAGUGACAACCGAUGGACCUCUCUUUCCUGCACGCUUUUUUCAUGUAAACAAUACCAAUCUUUUCGUAUUAAUGAAUGGUGUAUCUAUGUUUGCAGAAGGAAAGGCUGGGCAUAAGGAGGAGGCAACACCACAUCGCCCAGGGGAAAUAAGAGAAAGUGUGAUGGUUCCCAAAACCGCAUGGAAACCACAACCAACAAAUUCCGUAACGGCUGUGGACUCUGUGGAAGCGGCUAUUCGUGGGAUUGAGGAUGAGGGUAAUGACAUGUGUAUCUCAUCUACUACACCCUGUGUAGAUUCAACUUCAGUGAAUCAUAAAUCUUCUACUAGUGUAUCUACUUUGGUUUCUACAUCAAUAAGAACCAGAAAAAUAGGGGUAGGGAAAAAAGCACGAAAAAAAGGAGAAAUAGUGAAUAUGAUAACAACUCAAAAGAUGAAUGUUCCAAAGGAAUACGUUGAUCUUUUUUCUAAUGGAAAAAAAAUACCAUCAAGUACUUUAAUAAAAGAAAUUUUAAGUGAUGGUUCAGUGGUUAGUAUUAAAGGAUUUUUGCCUAUUGAUAUUAUUUCUAAAGGUGAUUUUAAGAAUCUGUUGAAGCCUUUUAUAGCACCAGUUUCAGUUACAACACCCACAAGAGGAAAUACACCAUCUUCUUCUUCAGUUUCUGCAAUUACAGAACCUAUGGUGCAAUAUCCUAUUGAAAAGAAUAAUGGUGGUAGUAAGUCUUUUUCUGGGGUUGGAAAAAUGCCAAGUAGAGUCUUUUCAGCGGAUGAUGUAGGACGAUCUAAUAGAUCUCUUGACUUGGAUGCCGUUAUCAUUUUAUCUUUUAUUGGUAGAGGAUCUCAAGGGACAGUACAUAGAGUUAUGCUUGAUGAUAAAUUAUAUGCCUUAAAAUGUAUUGAUGUCAAAGAAGUAACUCAAACUACAGAUCCUACAGAGCGGCAAGGUAGAAAAAGAGGUCUUGUAAAAGAACUUAAUAUGAUUCGUUUACAACGAAAUCGUUCACCACCAGAACAUUUAAUGAAAAUGUUUAAUGCCGCUCCUACACUUGAUCAUGAGAGACAACAACUUCAUAUACUUAUGGAAUUAAUGAGUUUUAGUGUGGAAGAUGCACAACGUAUGGUUUCAAGAUUUCCACCAAAUGAAAUGAUGAAAAUGACUCAAUCUACUUUUCGUAAACAUCUUGCAGGAUCAGCACAAGUUCAAAAUCAAACUGAAAAAUUAUUAAAACAGCAAUCUGCUUCUUGUAUGCAUUUGACAGGAAGAAGUUCUUAUAAUACUCCUGAAGAUUGGGAAACUAAUAUUGAUAGACAAACUCCGGUUCCUGAAAUUAUAUUAUCUAUGUUAGCAGCUGAUGUGCUUAAAGGACUUAAGGAAUUACAUGAAAAUUACUCUAUUGUACAUUGUGAUUUAAAACCAGCUAAUGUACUUCUUGAUUUUAACAAGACGUGUUUUAAACUUGCAGAUUUUGGAUGUGGAUGUCAAAUGGAUCCUGUAACCCGUAGAGUUUGUCGAACAGGUGUUGAUUUAGGUUCUAAAUUAUAUAAAGCACCAGAAAGAUUGACGAAUGAAUUAGAUUGUACAAAAGUGGAAGAUGAUUUACCAGUAGUGGAGUUUACUGCUGCUUCUGAUGUUUGGUCAUUAGGUAUUAUGCUGCUUGAGUUGAGUAAUGGUGUUAACCCAUGUUACUUAUUUAGAUCAGAUUACUGGAACUAUCUAAAUAAUUUAAAACUAUCAAGAAUGGUAAAACCACUCUCUUGGUCAGCUGCUUUACAUGAUUUUAUUGUACGCUGUCUUGUGAGAGAUCCUGACCAACGCUGGUCUGUUAACAAAUUACUUCAACAUCCAUUCAUCCUAAGAUAUUCUAAAGUUCCCAGAGACAAACUCAAAACAUUCAUGGAACGUUUGAAAAGUGAAUCCGAAUCAUUUCAACGACGACAGCAGCGUGAAGUUCUUCAAAAUCAAAUUUUGUUGAGUACGGGAAAAAAUGCUCAUGACAAGUACCAACAUCGAAACCGGUCUCUUUGGAAGACAUUUACUGGUUUUCUUAGUGUGGCACCACAGUUUGAGGAUACUGAAAAGUUUCCUCGUCUAAGCUAA